AAAUAAGUUGAUGUCAAAAAGAAAAACAAAAAAAAACUUCAAUUGACCAUCCACCAAAACAAGAUUCUCCUUAUCGAAACCAUUGUUACACCUUCCCAUCAUGUCAUCUCAAAGAGCACGAACCUCGAUCUUAGACAAACCAUUAAGCCGUGGCAAGGGAGAGGUGUCGUUGAGUUGUUUUGCUCUCCUCUUUUCGGAAGUCGUUCAAUACAGUCAGAGUCGAGUCUACACAGUUCCAGAGCUUCAGAACAGACUGCACGAACUGGGCAUGGAUGUGGGUUCUCGUCUUAUCGAUUUGUAUUUUGUGCGAGAGCAGAAUUCGAAACGCGAAACCAAAUUGAUAAACAUGUUGCUGUUUGUGAAGACAACCCUGUGGAAAUGUCUGUUCGGAAAGGAGGCCGAAAAGCUGGAGCAUGCCAACGACGACGAUCGCACGUAUUACAUAAUCGAAAAGGAACCGUUGGUCAACAAAUUCAUCAGUGUGCCGAAAGAUAAAGGAUCGCUGAAUUGUGCCACUUUCACGGCCGGAUUGGUGGAAGCGGUUCUGACGAAUUGCGGAUUUCCCUGCAAAGUGACGGCACAUUGGCACAAGGGAACCACAUACAUGGUGAAGUUCGACGAUUUUGUAACGAAUCGAGAUAAGCAAUUGGCCGAGAAAUAAAUUUGGUUUUCGUUUUAAAUUUU